UGACGCUCGGACACCUGUGAAAGCGCGAUGUCUUCUCCCAGCGCCGCCUCCAAUCCUCUGAACUCUCUGGCGUCCAAACGGAAGACCAAGAAGAAACACUUUGUGCAGCAGAAAGUGGAGGUUUUCCGAGCCAGUGACCCCGUGCUGAGCGUGCUGAUGUGGGGAGUCAAUCAUUCGAUUAAUGACCUGAACCAGGUGCCUGUGCCCGUCAUGCUGCUCCCAGACAACUUCAAAGCCAGCACCAAGAUAAAAGUCAACAACCACCUCUUUAACAAAGAGAAUCUCCCUGGACAGUUCAAAUUCAAAGAGUACUGUCCACAGGUGUUUAGAAACCUGCGAGAGCGCUUUGGCAUUGAGGACCAAGAUUAUCAGGUGUCUCUGGCCCGCAGCCCUCCACUCAAAGACGAGGAGGGGCAACGCGAGGGGCUGCUGCUGACGUCUUAUGACCGCACUUUGGUAAUAAAAGAAAUCUCCAGUGAGGAGGUGGAGGAAAUGCACAACAUCCUCUCUGAGUAUCACCAGCAUAUUGUCACCUGCCACGGCAGCACGCUGCUCCCUCAGUUCUUGGCCAUGUACAGAGUCACUGUGGAGAGCGAGGACACCUACCUGUUAGUUAUGAGGAACAUGUUCAGCCACAGACUGCAUGUGCACAGGAAGUACGACCUCAAGGGGUCCCUGGUGUCUCGUGAAGCAAGUUUUAAAGAGAAGGUGAAAGAACUGCCCACUUACAAGGACGUGGACUUCAGGAAUAACAUGCAAAAAGUUUAUGUGAGUGACGAGGAGAAAGAGAAGAUCAUGGACAAGCUCAUCAGAGAUACUGAGUUUCUGGUGCGUAUGAGGAUGAUGGACUACAGCCUUCUGCUGGGCAUCCAUGAUGUUGAGCGGGCUGAGGAGGAGGAGGAGGAGGAAGAGGAGAUGGAGUCAUCCUAUGACGAGGAAGGGGAGGAGGAAAACGGCCUGGCUCCUGCCCCAAGCUCCACCUCACCAGAGGGCAUUGCUGGCUACAUGAACUCCUUCAAACCCAUGGGUCCCGGGGAGUUUGACCCUUACGUGGAUGUGUACGCUAUUCAGAGCGCUGUAGGUGCACCCCAGAGAGAGGUGUAUUUUAUGGGUUUGAUUGACGUGCUGACACAGUAUGACACCAAGAAAAAAGCUGCUCACGCUGCCAAGGCUGUCAAACACGGGGCUGGAGCAGAAAUCUCCACAGUUCAUCCAGAGCAGUACGCUAAACGUUUCCGAGAGUUCAUCGCUAACAUCUUUGCCUAGUUCAAAGAUUCACUCGUCCACUUGUCAUUUAAUACAAGAGGAGUCUCACUAUACAAUACUUAACGCCACAGCAAAUCAAUAUUAAGAAG